CAAAAAUGUUUAAAAUGAAGCGAACUCCAGUCCACAUAAAUAGACUUCUACUUUUAGGUUGCGCAUAUCUAAUCUUUCUUUUGCCAUUGACUUUAGCACGAAUACCAAAUUGUGAGUUCCACGAUACUGUCAAUAUAACUGGUAGUUUACGCUACAACAACGGUUCCUAUUUGCAUGAUGGUGUGAUAAUACCACCUAAACUCAUCGGCGAAUAUGAUUAUGAGGUGCUCUAUGACGGUCUUGAAUUGACUGUGGGGAAACAUGUACGCGGUUGUAUCUGUAAACUAAAACCUUGCGUUAAAUUGUGUUGUCGCCCAAAACAAAUUAAAAAAGAAAACUUAAGAGAAUGUGAAAUUGAUGCUAAAACAGAACUUGAACUGUCACCUUACGUGAAUAUAACUUUCAACAAUGGUACGGAGCAGAGCAUACAUGUAUUAGAGGAAUUUUAUGUUCAGCAUGGAAUACCCUGUUAUGACGCUUACAAGUUGACACCAGAUAGCGAGGAGGACGAUGAAUGGAAACUCUUCGAGAAUGGCACAUUGAUGCGUUUGUUUGACAAUGCCUUAAUGACAAAACGUGAUUAUUGCUUAACACCACAUGAAGUAAACGGUGUAUAUUUGCUUACUCCAAUGAAUUGUCCAAACUAUGAAGAGCAGUCAAAUAAUCACUUCGCUAACAAUCUUGCAAUGUUAAUAUCUAUACCCUUUUUGGUGUUGACAAUCUUUGUGUAUGUCUUCAUACCGAAAUUGAGGAAUUUGCAUGGAAAAUGCCUUAUUUGCUACUUAUUUUCUUUAACGGUUGGUUAUAGUGUCCUGGUAACCAAUAACUAUUUCAGCAAACAAUAUAAUGAUUUCACUUGCAGUUUUGUAGGAUUCAUGGCUUAUUUCUUUUUUAUCGCGGCAUUUUUAUGGUUAAGUGUGAUAAGUUUUGAUCUCUGGCAUAAUUUCCGAGGCACCAGUUGCAAUGUUAACCGUUAUAUGCAAAACAAACGUUUUGUUAUUUAUUCUCUCUAUGCAUGGGGAAUUGCUGGGAUUCUCACUUUCGCAACCAUACAGGGUCAACUAUCAAGUAUCGAUAAUCAUAUUAAACCCGGAAUUGGCGACGAAUAUUGUUGGCUUAAAACCGAUGAUUGGUCAGCUAUGAUAUAUUUCUAUGGGCCGAUAAUGUUACUAAUUUUAUUUAAUGUGAUUAUGUUUAUACUGACUGCUACAAAAAUUUAUCAAGUUAAAAGGGACUUGGAGCGUAUUGUGGCUCGUGAAAAUGAUCAGAGGUGUUUGCGGUCAGAGAAAGAAAAUUUUGGUUUAUUCCUACGUUUAUUUAUUGUGAUGGGAAUUACUUGGAUGCUGGAAGUUAUGUCGUAUUUGGUAGGCUCUGACAACACUUGGUCCAUAUUUUUUUAUGUACCGGACUUUUGCAAUGCGGCGCAGGGAAUUAUAAUAUUUGUACUUUUUGUACUUAAGAAAAAAGUGAAAAAACUUAUUAAAAAGAGAAUUCUACAUAAUGAAAAAAGUACUUACGCGAGUAAUUCGAGUUCUACUCAAUCAGAGUGUGCGCCGGAAGAAAUAUCUUUACAAAAUUUUGCAAAAGAUGGAAAAAAUUCUAAUUUAGAAUAAAUGCAGCCGAAGAAGCAAAUCCUUUUUUGACAAACACCAAACGUAUAAAUUCGACAAGAAGCACCUCAAAGUCGCAAACAAGUGCCAUAUCACUCAUCAGAGUUAAUUCCAAUCGUUAGUUGCUAUAUGUACGCUUUCUUCAGUUGUAAACAUAAAGCCCAAAAUUCAUUAUCCUGUAUUGCGACUAUUUAACUCGACAUUAAUUGUAAACUUCAUUAAGCUUUUAAAAGUUAUAACGCCCGUCUCGUGUGAAGACCAAGUUUGGACCCAAAGUAUGCACUUAGCGCAUAAAGAAAUAAAAAUUAGUUUGUAUUUUAAAUAUAUAUGUUUCAUAGUAUUAUAUGUAGUUUAAUUUAUUUUUAAUACUCUUGAAGUAUUAUAUUUUAUAUUUUGUAACUAAAACUCUAAAUAUAUGUUUGUUGUUAAGAUUUCCUUAGUGUUUGUAUCGGCAUGCAUUUUGUAAAUGUAUUAUAUUGUAAAUUGUAAGAAUCUCAUCAAUAUUUUUCAUUCAUAAUUUUUUUAAAAGAAAUUGUACUGCUUUGAACAAAAUUAAUUUAUUAUUAUGUGUAUUGUAAUAUAAACCAAAUAAAACUUAAUUGUAAU